AAACAACCAUCCGUCAGGGAUGAUGCUGAUGGGCAUUUGAUUUACCACACUGGCGACAUUCUUCAUAACAGAUAUAAAAUCCUGGCCACCCUAGGCGAGGGCACCUUUGGCAGGGUGGUGAAAGUCAAGGAUAUGGAAAUGGACCACACCAUGGCACUGAAAGUGAUCAAGAACGUCGAAAAGUACCGGGAAGCAGCCAAGUUGGAGAUCAACGCCCUGGAAAAGAUCGCCGAAAAGGAUCCCACCUUCCAGCAUUUAUGUGUCAAAAUGCUGGACUGGUUCGACUACCAUGGCCACAUGUGCAUCGCGUUCGAAAUGCUGGGUCUAAGUGUUUUCGACUUUCUAAGAGAAAACAACUACGAACCCUACCCGAUGGAGCACGUGCGGCACAUGGCGUACCAGCUGUGCUAUGCGGUAAAAUUCCUGCACGAGAACAAACUCACCCACACGGAUCUGAAGCCGGAGAACAUCCUGUUUGUGGACUCGGAGUUCACCACGUCGUUCAACGGCCGUAAGAACCGUGAGGUCCGUCGCGUCAAGUGCACCGACAUCCGGUUGAUCGACUUUGGCAGUGCCACGUUCGACCACGAGCAUCACAGUACGAUCGUGUCCACCCGGCACUACCGGGCGCCGGAAGUAAUCCUGGAGCUGGGCUGGUCGCAACCGUGCGACGUCUGGUCGAUAGGGUGUAUAAUGUUUGAACUGUAUCUGGGCAUUACGCUAUUUCAAACCCACGACAACAGGGAACAUCUUGCUAUGAUGGAGCGUAUAUUGGGUACAAUUCCUUACCGAAUGGCCAGAAAAACCCGCACCAAAUACUUCCACCACGGGAAACUCGACUGGGACGAGAAGUCGUCCGCCGGGCGGUACGUGCGCGACCACUGCAAACCCCUGCACCGGUACGUGCUGGCGGAAACGCCCGACCACCUGCAGCUGUUCGACAUCAUCCGACGCAUGCUGGAGUACGAUCCGGCAAACAGAAUCACACUAGGUGAAGCCCUGCGGCAUCCGUUCUUCGCAAAGCUCCCGCCGGCGCAGCGUUUGCACGAGAAAUGUAAUGAAAAUUCCGUCUCGGCCAGUAGUAGCCGGGAGCGUUCCCACAGUUUAUCGAGAUGAAAUUCGGAACGAUUUGAUUAUUAUUAAUUAAUAAUAUUUACACAAACAACACUCAUAUAUUAGGCAAAACAAAAGGCGUAAAAGAAGAAGAAAGGAAAACGCCAGAAACCUCAUCCAACAACAACAAAAACAACAAGAAAUCGCAUAAACACACAUACAUGUUCACACAUGCAUACAAACACAAACGCAUACUCCAACGAAGAAGAAAGUCUUUGAACGACACAAGAGAUUUAAUAUAAAAACAAAUACAUGGAAAGGAAUCACCCUCUUCCAAGGGGGCGCUCACCACACUCACAAACAAAUUUUAUCGGAAAACAAACUAUAUUAGGAAACAAUAGAAGUGCAAAGGGCGUCACCGCGGAGAGCUCUAUUGUGCGCGUACCCGAGAUGUUGUAAAAUUCGUGACAGGCUCGAUGGGUUUAUAAUUUGUAACAAUUAUCUAUUUUUUGUUCAGUUACUGCCACCGGACCGGAGCAGUGGGAACGUUCCACUGCAGCUUCGUUUGUUCGUAAUAUAUCUUCUUAAUUUCUCUUAUCUCUACGAUUAUCGUGAUUUAAUCAAGUGAAGCUUUGUGAAACUGGAGAAAAUCAGUUAGCCAACGGUUCUCUUUAUGUCGAAAGUUUUUUUAAGUUCAAAAAUUAAGGAAAAUUUUGCAAUUUUCACUGUGUAUUGUAAUUAGCUCUAUUUAAUAAACUGGUGGAAAAGAUGCGAAAAACUGCCAAUUCAGGGGUCUGAUCGGUACACGCUUUGUCGGAUGGAUGUGAAAUUGAGGCUAAAUCGAGCGAAAUCUGGCUUUUCUGGAUGAAAUCUAGUGCACGCAGAUGCGUCAUACUCGAAUUCAUUCUGAAGUGAAUCAACAGUUAAAGUUCGAGCUGAUGUUUCAUACUCGAAUUCGUUGUGAGCUCCACAUUCUUUGCCGGUAGAUAAAAAGCUAACGAUUUGAAUUCAACUAUAUCUGAGCAUUUGAAAACUGUUAAAAACAAAGACAACACAUUAAGUUCACAAUGAAUUCCACUAUGAAAAGUGUACUUCAUUUUGUCGCCAAUCCAAAGAAGCCUAAUUUUGCACCAACCCGAACUCAACUUUGAGUGCAUACCGCUAGGCGUGUAACGGAAAACAAUAGUUUCUUCUUUUUCGUUCGUUGUAGAUGUUUGUGAAUGUUUUGUUGCUCUUCUCUGAUCACCAUGUUUUGAGUUCUCUUUUAACAUUGUCACAUUCUUCCUCAUCAUCGUUGUUGUCAUCGUUCGUGAAUCGGUCCUUCCAAGAUAUGAGAGUUUGAGUGAACAUCACUCACACAUAACAACCACAAAAAUGACAAAACCAAACACACAAGCGCGUGUGUGUAUGUGUGGAAUGUGAAAUAUUAUUAAUUGUAGAAAGAUAAUAAUCAAAUCGUGAAGAACGUUCGUGUAGAGAUAAAAACAAAGCCAGAGACAGAAGAACCCACAUAACACACAACACAAAAACGAAACAAAACAAACAGAUCUAGGGCGUACAUUUUAAGUAGACAAGUAACAAACACACUUAACACACAAACACAACAAGCAGAAGAAAAACAGAAACAGCAGAACAGUAACGCAGCAGAGACAAAACCAAGGAAGAAAGUUGUGCGUGCGUGGCAGAUAGGGCGAAUUGUCUUCUUAAGUAAAUAAUAUAUAUAUGUUUGUUUCACGAAAACUCACUCACACAAACGCAUACCUUCAUGGAAGAUCUGUGUGUGUGUAGAAAGUCUGCAACUACUCUUACUACUAUUAGUACUUCAUCCAGCUAAAAAGAGAAAAAAAAUCAAUCACAUCAAUUGUUCUAGUAACUUCUUCUUACACCAAUAAUAGACACCAUUGAAAGCGUUAAUUUGCCAGCAGGUUCAGAGAGAGGGAGCGAGUGCACGAGAAAGGUAGAGAAAAAGCUAUGCGAGCGAGAGAGAGAUAGGAAAAACCUCCAUCUUCUGUUAUUGGUUAUGUGUUUUAAUGUUCAUUUUUUGUCCUAGAUUCUUGUUUUCCCUUCUUUAGACGAUAAGCAGCGUCGUCGGCGGUGGCAGUGGCACCGUGGUCACCAUUCAUACUGAACUGAACUAUGGCGCAAACAAGUAGUGGCAAAUAGUGGAUAACACAUACAUGCAAACACGUGAUAGAAACCGAAACAUGCUCAUACAAGUUGUAAUUCUAAUGUGGUGUGUGAAUAAACUUCCCAGACGUUCUCAGUGUA